CCGAGCUCCCCGUCCUCCAGACCCGCGCUGACACUCCGCCCGUCCCCCUGACACGCACCACACCACCAUGAAGAGGCAAAACGUGAGGACCCUCGCCCUCAUCAUCUGCACCUUUACCUAUUUGAUAGUCGGCGCCGCGAUCUUCGACGUGCUGGAAUCCCGGAAGGAGACGACCCAGAAGGGGUAUCUGGACCAGAAGAAAGAGGUUCUGCUCAAGACCUUCAACCUGUCCACGGAGGACUUUGACAAGCUGGAGAAGGUGGUGCUGGAUUUGAAGCCGCACAAAGCUGGGGUGCAGUGGAAAUUCGCCGGCUCGUUUUACUUCGCCAUCACAGUGAUCACCACCAUAGGAUAUGGCCAUGCAGCCCCCAGCACAUAUGGAGGGAAGGCGUUCUGCAUGCUUUACGCCCUCCUGGGCAUCCCUCUCACCUUGGUCAUGUUCCAGAGCGUAGGUGAGCGUAUCAACACCUUCGUCAGGUACCUGCUCCACCGCCUGAAGAAGUGCAUUGGCAUGAGACACACUGAGGUCUCCAUGGUCAACAUGGUGAUCUUCGGCUUCAUAUCCUGCAUGAGCACGCUGUGCGUGGGGGCACUGGCCUUCUCAUACUUUGAGGACUGGACCUUCUUUCAUGCUUACUACUACUGCUUCAUCACGCUCACCACCAUCGGCUUCGGGGACUAUGUAGCGCUGCAGAGUAAGCAAGCUCUGCAGAACAAGCCGGAGUACGUGGCCUUCAGCUUCAUCUACAUCCUGACGGGCCUGGCUGUGAUCGGAGCCUUCCUCAACUUAGCAGUUCUGCGGUUCAUGACCAUGAACGCCGAGGACGAGAAGAGGGAUGCCGAGCAGAGGGCUCUUCUCGCUCACAACGGUCAGGCAGGUGGACACAUCCACUGUUCCGCAAACCAGGCCUCCUCCUCCUCCACGCCAUCUGGGUGUGGCGGAGGAAAUGGAGUUGGAGGUAACGGGGGAGGAGCGGCAAGCCGGGGUCUACGUAACGUUUACGCUGAAGUGCUCCACUUCCAAUCUAUGUGCUCCUGCCUUUGGUACAAGAGUAGAGAGAAGCUGCAAUACUCCAUACCCAUGAUCAUCCCACGUGACCUCUCCAGCUCGGACACCUACAUGGAGCAGGGGGAGGCUUUUUCCAACCCCCUGCACUCUAACGGCUGCGUGUGCAACUCGGGCAUCAGCUCAGUUUCCACUGGUCUACACAGCAUCAACAACUACAGAAGACUCAAUAAACGCCGAAGCUCCAUCUAAACCCAGAGGAUUUCACGCUUUAAGGUCAAGUCCCACUAAGGGGCCCUUCUACUGUGGUAAUAAAUGAGCUGCGGACAUCAGGAGGACUAAACUUCAGUCCUAAAGAGAUGUUUGCUUCUUUCUGGCACUGAAGAGCCUGGUGCUGCAGCAUCCAGACUCCAUGUUUUUAACCUCCAUAAGCUAAGCGCAAACCAUUUAGGACUAACAUCGUUACUGAUGUCACUGAGAAAUAAUGCUUAUGCUUGUUUAAGAUGCAUUCAUUACACAAACUCUGGAGCUGUUGCUGUUAGAAGACAGGCGAAAAAAACACGUGCAGCUCUCUCUGCACCUCUGAAUUCUAAUAUUAACUAUCAUGAUAUUGAAUUCAGUACUUUCUUUGUUCAUAAGAUAUAAUUUCAUGUUCUGAUGUGAAAAAGGACAAAUUACACUGUGAGACAUGUUUUUAAGAGGGAUUGUGCAUUAUGUCCCGAAAUGAAGAAAUAUUUUAUUGAAUAAUCUUAAAUACAUUUUUUCCAAAAGGAGUCUUUGGUUGUAAGUAAAAUACUCACUGCAGUGAAAUUAAAUAAUGUGUAUGUUUGGACACUUCACUAGUUCUGUAGGUGUUAGUGAGGAAAAGCAUAUUUUUUUAGUGAAAGAUUUCAAAAAUAUUCUCAGUGUCUUCUCCUGUGUGUCUGUAACUGAAAUUCAGGUUCAAACCAAACUUUCUUGUCUGUUUCAUCUUCUUUCCCUCCAUGAGAAAACUCAUUUAAAUGACAGCUUUGAUGGAGGGUGAUCGAGCACCUUUGGCUUAAAUGUCUUGCUGAAGGUUUGGACACUUGUAGCUGUUGUGGGAAUCAAACCUGUGACAAUGUCCCGAUCCCUUUCAGACCUCAUCACUAUGAAUUGUUUUUUCAUAGUUUCUUCCUGCACAUCAAACUAUUUUAUGUACUUGUUGCUCGUCAUGUGUUUUCAUAUAGCACAACUAUUUUCUGAUAGUUUAAUUUAGCUGAUAGUUUAACUUAGCUGAUAGUUUAACUAAGCUCACUUUGUGCAAAGUCGAGAGUCAUAUGUUAUUCACUGCUGCACCUUAGAAGACAGUUGUAUAUGCUUAUGGGCAUUCAGCGCACUACUUUAUUUUUUUAUUUAAUGGAAUCACAUUAUGUUUUGUUAUGAGAAUGAUACGCCCUAAUUCAUUCUUUCUUGUGUUGUCGGUCUGCAAUGUUUGACUCGAUGCUCUGUGUUAUUAAUGAUUGAGAAUAAUAGCUAACCUCACUUAUAAAAGUUUGCACCUCAUGCACUUAGGGGGGGUCUUUGCUCCAGCCCACCUAAACAAACUUGAUUCAGCCAAAUGAGGUCUUUAUGCAGUGUUAAGUUCUGUCUUUUCUUGCAUAAUCAUGAUUAUUAUUUCUGUCUUUUUUUGUAGUUUUACUUUACAAUUUCUCAAUAUUUUAGUCCUAUCACAUUCAUUUCAGUCACAUUUUCAGCUUUUCUUUUUCUACUUGAACAGUCGGCUCUUUGUGUGGCUAUACAUUUACCAUGUGUUUUUUUGUUCAGUCAUAAUAAAAUAUUAUUUAAAUUAAAACAACGGUUUAUUCAUUUGAGUGUCAACUGAUCCAAUAACUGUUAUCUUGUUAUUAUUUUUUAAUUUUGCCCAUCGUUAGAAUGAAAUCAUCGGCAUUAACUCCUCAUCAAGGCUUACUAAAGGUGUGUUGAAUAUGGCUGUUAAUCAUUUACGUUGUUGAGAAAUCUACUGCAAUGAGUGCUGAAAUAGAGUCAAUGCCUACUGAAAACAAUAUAGAAAUUCAGGGGACACCAAAAUAAUGACAUUUGGCUAAAUGCUUGUUGCACACGUAACAAGUGUUAGGAUCACAGUUUUACCUUUCUUCCUGCUGAUGUAUAAGCUCACGUCUUAUUGCCUUCAUCCUCAGUUCUUCAGCUUAUCAAAACUCAGUUCUGGGUUCUUUACCCUGCAUCUCACCACAUAGCAGCUUUUAGCCAUUUUUCUGUGGUUUUCUAGCAGACUAAAGAGACAAGGAGGCACCUUCACCACAAAGUCAAUGAAGAGCGCUGAAUGGUUUUCCCCUCCGCUGUGGGUGGGACUCAGUUGUGCUCAGUUUCUGCAGCAGACAGUAUUAAAGACAGCCGUUUACAGUGUAGCCUAUGUCAUUCUAUAUACAUUCAACGUUCAAUGCUGUACAUAUUGCAGGUGAACUGGGCCGUCUCAGCCCUUUGUACCAUCAGGGAAUGAGUACUGGACAAACAGAGAUGCUAACGAUACAGAUCCAGCAUUCAUUCGGCUGAAAAUCUGACCUUUGUGGAACUCAACAGGAGAAAACAACUUUUAACAAACCAAAAUAAAGAAUAUUGUUUUCAUUUCAUGCUACAGAGUAAACAUGCAGAAUUACUUUAUAAAAACAGUCAGAUGUUUCAGAAAACAUUGUUGGUCCUGUUUAUGUCGAAGGAGUCAUCAUUUUGAAUAUUAUUGUUUUUCGCUGAUCUUGUGCCUUAUUUGUUUUUGCCGGACAUGUUUCUGCUUCUGUUUCUACUUCCUGUUUUCACUCAAGAUUGGUUUUAUGCUCAGGAAGCUGCUUUUUAAUUUAUAAAACAUGUGGUAUAACUGAAACAUAAACAUUUUAGGGAAAUCCAUCUUGUUAAAUGAAGUAAAACACACACACGCACCUACCAUGUGGCUAUGGUCUGUUCGGACACUGUUGCAGCAAAACUCACCCAUCGCUGCUUUUAUCAUGACUAACUUUUCAGCGAGGCUUUGCUGCCACAUUACAUAACCAAAGUUAGGACGAGGUGACUCUAAGUUUACUCACCCCUGUUAUGAUAUGUAUUAUAUAACUGUCACAUGCUCACCUCUAUAGCUGCAAACCAUGAACUCUUCCACUCCACUUACAAGGAGAAGCGAUCAGCUGAGAUCUCGAUGUCCUUACCUUUCAUCCUUCACCAAGCGAGCCCUGACAUAAGGCCUGACAUGCUCCACAGCUCAUCUUUAUCUUUACAUCAUCUGUCGUUCAGAUUUAAUACGACACCAGCACACAUAGUAUAAGAAGGCGUAACAAACUUAACAAUUAACCACAAUAUAGAUGUUUGACAUGUACGGUAAUCAAUGACCUGAGAUUAGGUUUGUUCAUGUCUUGCAGGACCAAAAUUCUGGGAUUAUGUUUUGCACUCUCUUAUUUUGGAUGAUGGAGUUCCUCAGGGAAACAUGUCUGGCCCAAUUCCAUUUCCUUUAUAGGCCUACAGUGUAUUCUCCAUCUCGCCAGCAAUAUCAUGCAUCAGGUUUUCAAUUACCAGUAUUAUGCAGAUGAACAGCAAUUGUUUAUCCCAGUUUCUUCCGUCAAGUCUAAUAAUAUUUUUUGUUACAUAUUUUGUUCUGCACAAAUUCUUACCCAAAGCGUGAACAUACAGUAGGACUAAAAAGACACUCCUGGAUGAUCCAAACCUGAAUCUGAGUGCAGUUUGGCAACACAAUGUAUUGAAUAAAAAGAAGUAUGAAGAAUUAGAAAAAUCUUUUCAGAUUGAGGAGCUUAGACUUUGGGGGAUUUAAAUGUCAUGAUACCACAUCCAAAUACUGUACAUAUCUUGCUAAAAUAAUGCCCCACCUUUUAAAGACCAGUCAG